AUGUUUCUGGCUCUGGAUCUGAACAGACGUAACGUCAACCGAGCCAUCAGUGACGACAUGUUAAAAGAGCUGGGCAUGACUACGAACGACUUCAACUACGGCCAAACGAUCUUCCUUGUGUCGUUCCUCGCCGCUGAGCUACCGUCAGGCCUGAUCUCGAAGAAACUUGGACCAGACAUUAGGAUCCCCUUCAUCAUCUUUGGUUGGUCUAUAACGUCUGCCGCACAAGCUGGCUUGACCAACAAAGCCGGGUACUAUGCUUGUCGCUGCAUACUAGGUCUCUUGAUGGGAGGCUUCAUACCCGACACUGUCCUCUACAUUACUUACUGGUACAAGAGCAAGGAACUGCCAAUCCGGCUGUCUUGGUCCUGGACAGUCCUGAGUACUUGCAACAUCCUCGGAUCACUGCUGGCGGCCGGUAUCCUGCAAAUGCGAGGUCUUCAAGGCUGGUCCGGCUGGCAAUGGCUGUUUUUCAUCGAAGGCUCCAUUACAGCCUGUAUCGGACUCGCAUCAUGGGGUCUUAUGUCCGCAAGCAUCUGCCAAACCAAAGGCUGGCUCCGCGGCAAGAACGGCUGGUUCACCGAGCGCGAGGAGAAAAUCCUAGUCAACCGCCUACUCCGCGACGAUCCCAGUAAGGGCGACAUGAACAACCGCCAAGCCGUCGGCCUUGCACGACUCUGGAGCGCCAUCAAGGACUACGACCUCUGGCCGCUCUACCUCGUCGGACUCACCAACUACAUCCCACCCUCCCCACCACAAAACUACCUCUCCUACAUCCUCCGCCAAAUGGGCUUCAGCACUUUCAACGCCAACCUCCUCACAAUCCCCUCCCAAUCCCUCUUCGGCGUAAACCUCCUCAUCAUCUCCUGGAUCUCCGAGCGGCUGGGCGAACGCGCUUUCGUCUCCAGUACCUCCAACAUCUGGAUAUUCCCAUGGUAUUUUGCCCCGACUGGAACCCGAUUCCCCUGA